AUGAAGGUCUUCAUUCGAAAAUCAACUGGUACCGGUCGCACUUACGAAUUUGAUGUUGAGCCGUCAAUGACAGUAGCUGAAUUGAAAGCAAAGUUCUUAGAGAAAACCAACGACCAAUCCGAUACGCAACAAACUUAUUUUGCAUUUGAUGGUGAAAGACUCUUCUGUAAAAAUGAUACACUAGCGAGUUGUGGCAUAGAUGACGGUUCAGAAUUAGAUGCAUACGUAGGAAACACAUCUAACAUGCGCAACAUCGGUAGUAUGGGGAUCAAAUUCAUUGAUGUUAGUAACAAGAAAGGUUUGAAAAGAGUCGAAUGGUUAAAAACAGCUCCGAAAUGGCGUCAAACUCGGCAUGGAUUGUGUCUCGAGGGCAUAUGUACCAAUACAAUAUGUGAAGCUAAUGGAAAGCAAGUCAUAAUACCGAUUGGAUAUAUGAAGUUUGAUAUAGUUGCCGAUCCAGAUCCAAAACUAACGAAGUGCCCUUUAUGCGAAGAAUUUGUGGAACCUGAAUCAUGUGCUUUUAAUAAUUGCUGGUGGAGAUACCAAGGAAGAAAACAAACUAGAGACAAAAAAGCUCCCAUCGAUUGUGAGUGUGAUUGGCAACAAGUGGAUAAUGCAUAUCAUUAUUUUGAUGAUGAGACAACUGGACAAGUUGUGUGGAGAAAACUUACUGUUGAAGCAAGAAGAGAGAAGCCAACAUAA